AUGGCGAUGGAUCGGCAAGCACGGCGAUGCAUGUCGGGGGUUGUCAUCCUUCUUGCAGCGAUGCAGGCGGGCGGUUUUUUUUGUUCGAUGGGGCCGGCGCCGCCUGCAGUGGGAGGUGGCGGAGCGGCGCCCAGCGCGGCUGGAGGGCCGCCCCGCUCGUCUUGUGGAGGGCCGGCUCGCGCAGCGGUCGUGUCGAUGCCGCACUUGGGUCAGGAGAACACACGAAAAGCACCUUCUGCGGUGAGAUCGCUGACGCUUGAGACUUUCGACGCCGUGGCGAUGGACCCCAGCAAGCACACUCUGGUGGAGUUCUUCGCGCCUUGGUGCACCCCGUGCAAGAAGCUCGAGCCCGUCUACGAGGAGCUGGGGAGACGCUUCGAGACGGAGAGCAACGUCGUGGUGGCGAAGGUUGAUGCCACGGGGGAGCAGGACCUCAAGAAGCGGUUCGACAUCACCGGGUUCCCUAGGUUAAAGUUUUUCCCAGCGGGGGGCGGCGUGGAGCCGUACAGCGGCACCCGGGACCUGGAGUCGAUGGAGGAGUUCCUAAAGGAGAAGGUGCGGGGGUUGGGUGAUUGGGUGGCGUCGUCCGCCCCCAAGGUAUCGCCUCCCUCGGCGGCACAACGGUCGCCACCCCCAACAGUCAGCUCCAAGCCUGCCCCCUCUCCGUACCAAGAGUACAUGGCCGCGAGGAAAAAACACACUGCCCAAGUCGAAGCUCCUCCUGCUCAGUGGGUUCACCGAACCGUUGUGCCAGCGGAGGAAAAGGCGGCUCCGUCUCCGUCAGUGCGAGGCGAAACUGGUUCGCUGUAUGAAUCCUACAUGGCGUCGAGGAUUGCGAAAGAAAAUGCGGCGAAGGCAGUCGAGAGCGUGAGGUUGACGACUGGGGAGCACGGGCUGUCGGAGUGCUUGGCGAGCGGAGAACCAGACCCGCCGAUUGAGUGUGCCGCUCCCCCGGCCGCGGCGGCGAAGAGCGGACCUGUCGCCUCCGGCGGACUGCUGAGAAAGGUCGGUUUCGCCGCCCGAGCUUCGGUGAGAAGGGUCGCUGGUCUUGGGAGGCCCGCCUCUUCUUCUUCUUCUUCUGGCAGCUCGUCGGUGACUCCUAACGGUGGCUCUGCAGGACAGGCAUCAUGCGGGGAUGUGUCUCCGUACGAGCAGUACAUGCGGUCGAGGGGGCAGUCGAUGGAGUGCGGGGCUCCUGAGGAGGAGGAGAAAGAGCAGACGUCGCGCGUCGGGGGGUUGAUGACAACGUUGAGACGAGCAGGGUCGGCGUUCUCUCGUCUGCUGUCUCCGGUGCUGAACUUCUUCUUGAGGAGAGAUCGAUCAAAGGAGGCGUCGUGCGAGCCAGGGUGUCCGGAUGUACCAGACGAGUGCAGGGCUAAAAAAGAAGCUGCUAUCCAAAAGCCUACCGCACCUCAGGCUGCCGCGCCACAAGGAAGGCAACAGGAAUGCCUCUCGCCGUACGAAUCAUACAUGGCGUCGAGGAAGAGACAUGCUGGAUGACCUGGCUACCAGAACAACAAGUGUCGGAGGGAAUAUGCGCGCUUGACCAUGGGCGCGGGGAUGCGCGCAUCGAUGAUCCCGGCCCCGACUUUGGCAUGUCCUGAGUCCCCACACGCUCCGGAAAAUGAAACUGCUGCUAGUAGUUUUUCGCUCCCGAGCAACGAAGUGCCUCUUCACUCUUAGGUAGUGAUUGUUGUGCGUCCCCCGAUUCCGCCUCAACUGUUGUCGUUUUUUACGAGAUGACUCGGCCACAUUUUCUUUGGUUUGUGGAGGCUGAUGUGCGUUGAAGAGAGGAACGAUAAUCAUACUGCGGUAGUACCGUACCGUUUUUUUCACUCCAAGUAAAACUAGGUAGUAUGGUAAGAGAAUCUUGUCGACACACACAUGCUCCACCUCUAGACAAGAAAAGGCGUGGGAAUCUUGACUUUUUUUUUUUUUGCACCACAACUUGAGAAGAGGGGAUGGUUGAGGGAAGGAAACACCUAGCGAUUUCACGGAGCCCCCAGGGUGUACAGAUGGUGGCGAUGGGUUUCCGUGUUGCUAAGGUGUUGUGCCGGGUGGUUGUGCUCUCUUGUCUCUCUUGCUGUACAUGUAUUUAUGUUGUGUUCGCUAGCUCGUUAGGUCAAGUGCAGCAGCUUAGAGCUAACUGAAAUCGGAAGAGGCACGCAAGGACUUGCAAUUGUCCUACGUAGGGAGAGGGGGGGGGGGGGUGCUUCAGUAGGACCCAGAUCGUGGGGCAAGCAAGAGGGCGAAGCUGGAGAGUGAUCAAUAUCCCUAAAAUGCUUCGAAAAGGUCUACGUUGACAAGAGAUAGAGAGGCCUUAGACAAGUGCAGCAUACAGACUUGGUGGUGGCUGGUGGUAGAGCUUGAGCUAGUUAUAGCUGUAGAAUAACGCCACCGGGGGCGGUGUUCUGUGAAGGGGUGUGUUGUGCUUCGGGGGGUGACAGGGGGGAGGGGGUCUCAACUUGGAGGGGGGCAUCUACUGCUGCUGCUCUGUAUCGCCGUAGAUGGUAUAAUAGUCGUGAUGAUCGGUUGGGGACGAUGGACGUUGAUAUUGUGAGGUCUGGGGACGACUAAUUAUUAUCUAGCAGGGAUUCGUUUCGGACGCUUUGUGCCCACCGUGGGAGUUUUGACGAAUGGCGCCGCAUUGCAUGUGGUUGGGUUGUACGCACAUCCAAGGCCGUUGGUUUCGUUGGGUGUUUUUUCAUCAUGCCUACUGCAGUACUAGGAGAUGUUGAGGGUUGUGCCAUACUGAAAGCAUGGGGUCACUAACAAAGGUAACGCCAAUCGUUGUACGCAAUGGUGGUUCCAGGGCGAGGAAUAAUAUAGAGCGCACGACGAUGAAUGAAUUUGAACGAGUUGCUUUUGACCACCCAGCCCGGAUAUGCACCGCAGGGGGUGCCGGGAACGGAUAGCGUAAGACGCAAUACAUUGCGGAAAUUGGGUGGCUCAGGAUAGCCGUGUAGGGGCAACCCAUCCUCCUGUGGUCUGAUGAGAUCAACUACUACUUGUCUUUUGGGAAGUUGCGCGCCCGAGGGAUGUUGGUAUCUGUGAUGUGUGAAUGUUCCAUUUGGAUCAAGGUCGUUGGUUGGUAGUCAGGACCAUUUUUUUUGUAUCGUGUCUUUUAUAUUAUGUUUGUUUACUUGAAUGGAUUUCGUGUAGCAAUAGCCAACUGCGCACGCC